GACAACCCUCCGAUCUCAUUCCUAUAUAAUGGAGAUUCGUUGCCGGCUCCCAGUAAUCUGACACGAAAUUUUGCAACAGAUGUACAACAAAGUUCUAAUGUAGCUUUGAAUGUCGCCAAGCAAACUUUAAAAAAUGGGAUGUCAGACGAAAAAAGGGAGCAGUACAAGGCCAGGAGGCAAGCUGCUUAUCGGAAGAAAAAAGAGGAUGGUACGGUCAAGCGCCAAGAUGAAAAGAGGAUGGUACGGAAGCCGCUUCAGCUGAUGGCGGCCUGCCGACGAGCAUGCCGACUUACGCUUUCGGUACCGAUGAAGACACGGAGGCAUUCCUUAGCCGCAUAAUGGGCGAUGAUCCGAUACCACCUGACUUCAUGGAUGACGAGUACUAUCUAUUUGGCGGCCAAGGAUCCGAUGUUGAGAGCAUGGAUGGAGGCAAAGCCGCGAGCAUGUCCAGCGCUGAGCGUAUCGACAUUGAUCCAUUCGACUAUGUCUAUUCAAACCUCCCCGACUUCACACACAUACUGAAGCAUGCUGCUAACUGCGACCACUGCAAGGCCAAGAAGUUUGAGUCUGAGACCCAGGGCUUCCGCUGUCGCAACGGGAAAAUCGAGCUCAAGGAACCAGAUCCCAUACCAGAGCUAAUGAGGCUUUGGUCCAGCACGGAUGCGGACUCUAGACACUUUCAGGAGAACAUACGGUUCUUCAACGACCACUUCUCCUUCACAACCCUGGGCGUCAGCCUUGAUGAAAACUACACAAACAUGAAGUCUGGGGUGUACAUGUUCCGGGCGCACGACACCAUCUACCACAACAUGCAUUCCUUUGGGCCAAGCUCUCGUCCAGAACAUCUCCAGUUGUACUUCUACGACGACGACCCGAACCUGACCCAUCGCAAGGCUGCCACCAAGGAUAUGGACCAGAAUGUUGUCAUGAAGUUAGUGGACAUACUCCGGGGAAACCCGUACUCCUAGCAGUUUAGGAGUUUGGGUGCACACAAGGACAACCUUGACGAUUACAUGAUAGACCUCAACACCGAUCAGAGGCUUGACCAACGGAAAUAUAAUGGACCGGUGUCAUCUGAGGUCGCUGCAAUCUGGGUCGAGGGCACUGACCUAGCGAAAAGGUUUGAUCGUAGGAUUACACUUUGCGGUAACAACAACCAGAGGCACAGUAUACAUGUGACUGAUGGCUCAUAUGACCCGUUGUCUUAUCCACUCUUCUACCCAAGGGGGGAGCUCGGUUGGCAUCUGAAGCUACCUAAACGGAAUGUCCCUUGGGAGGUUGUACAACAACCAAGAGGGGGCGAUGAUGAUAUGGAUGCAGACGAGAAUAGCAGGUUAUGCGUCUCCGUGAGAGACUACUACUGUUACAGGCUGCAGACACGGCCUGCAAUAUUCAAUCCCAUACUAUGUGGAGCAUGAUUGCUCUAGCAAUGGGGGGUCGACAUGUACAUCAAGAUUGAGAGUUGUAGGUUAAAAUGGUACAGAAAGAACCAGAUGAAGAUCCGUGCUGACCUAUAUAAAGGUGUUGUUGAUGCGAUCACAUCCGGGGAGACACGAGCAAGCGCUGUUGGAGUAAGGAUAGUGCUCCCUGGAACAUACCCAGGUGGCGACCGCGACAUGAAGUGGAGGCAUAUGGAUGCCAUGGCAAUUGUACACACAUACGGGAAGCUUGACGUUUUCUUGACGAUGACCUGCAACCCUAACUGGGAAGAGAUAACAAAUGAGUUGUUUCCUGGUCAAACAGCGCAAGACCGCCCUGAUCUUGUGGCUCGCGUGUUCCAUGGCAAGCUAGAGGCUAUGAAAGAGAUGUUGUUCAAGAAGCACAUACUGGGUGUUGUUGUCGUAUAUGUAUACGUAGUCGAGUUUCAGAA